GGGCCCCGCCCCUGUGGUCCGCGCGGUCACGCGGGGGCCCUGGUGGUCAUGGCAGCCGCCGGGAAGCCGGUGCUCCUGGGCCUUCGCGACGCGGCGGUGGAGGGCCGCCCCCGGGGGCCGGCCGCCUGGACGGCUAGCAAGCUGGGCGGCCUCCCGGACGCCCUCCCCGCCGUCGCCGCCCCGGGGCCGCGCUGCGGCCGCUGCGCGCAGCCGCUGGCGCUCGUCGUGCAGGUGUACUGCCCGCUGGAAGGCUCCCCGUUCCACCGGCUCCUCCACGUGUUCGUCUGCGCCCGCCCGGCCUGCGGAGACCGCGGGACGCGCAGCUGGAAGGUGUUCCGCUCCCAGUGCCUGCAAGUGCCGGAGGCAGAGACUCGCAACGCCCAGAAACAGGGUAGCCGCCUUGCGGCUGAGAACUGGUGUGAGGGCUCGCAGGACUGGGGAAGUGACAGCGAGGAGACACCUCCACCACCACUCACCUCGGAUCCGGGACCCGAUCGUGAUGGUGUCGGAGCUGCAGACUGCACGGCGGCGCAGCUCCAGGCUCUCCACCUGCAGGACAGCACCCUGGCCGUCACUCCCCGCUCCCCUGCAGGGGAAGGGCUGCCGGGGCAUUCUGACGAGCCACAGUUCCAGCCCUACUACAUCUGUGUCGCCGACGAGGAUGACUACAGGAACUCCGCGGGCCUCGAUCAUGCCCACAGCCUUCUGCGGGACUACCAGCAGAGAGAAGGCGUGGACAUGGAGCACCUGCUUUCCCUGUGUUGCUCUGCCGGUGGGGAUGAAGAGUAUGAAAAGACCAGUAUUAAAAGUGGAGAUCAGACGUUUUACAAGUUCAUGAAGAGAAUUGCGGCCUGUCAGGAGCAGAUCCUGAGGUACUCGUGGAGUGGAGAGCCUCUCUUUCUGACCUGUCCCACAUCGGACGUCUCGGAGGUCCCGGCCUGCGGUGGCUGUGGAGGCCAGAGGACCUUUGAGUUCCAGCUUAUGCCAGCACUGGUUAGCAUGCUCAGCAGUGCUGAUGGAGGUCUUACUGUGGAAUUUGGAACGGUUCUUGUUUACACGUGUGAGCAGAGCUGCUGGCCUGUGACGCAGCAGGCUCCCAUGGAAGAAUUCUGUCUUAUACAAGAAGACCCAGAUGAAGGUUUAUUUACGUAGAACACUUCCUCUUAUUUAUACAAAUUAAAACAAGUUUUCACAUUCAAA